AUGGCAGCUGGGUUAAGACAAAUGAAGUUACAUAACAAAAGAAAGUUGAAUGAAUUGGAAGAUAUUUCAAAUAUUCAUAAAAAGUCAAGGACGGUAUCGUUUAAAGAUGAAAAUGAAACCAAGAAACCCAUAACCAGACUGAACCUUAACCGAAAGCGUUCUCAUUUUGUCACUCCACCAUCGCCACCUCAACAACGAUCGUCACCGCCAGCAACUUGUUUAGAAGAUGAUGAACCUCCUCAUCACCAACAAGACAACGACGAUAUUUCUGAACAACAACAACAUCACCACCAUCACCACCACCAUAUUUCAUUUCCCGCCACGCCACCAGAGUCCAUAAAUGACGAAAGCACAACCCCAAUAGCAGCCGCCACCAAUACCAACAGAAAUGACGACUACAAGGAAUACAGAGAUGUCAAUAAUAUGGAUGUGGAAUUGUUUACUGCAAAUACUGGUAUAAUUCCAAACAAUAGCACUAAUAGCACAACCACAACAGUUACUACAUCUUCUCCAAAUGACGGCAAAUCAUUCAAGCAAGACUUGAAUGAGAAUCCCGACUACAUUGCACUCACAUCCUCAUUACGAAUGGCAAAGAUAACAAAUACCAAAAUAAAUCAAGAUAUUAUCGAAUUAUCGAAAUUGCAACAAUAUUAUUCUUCGACUGCAAAUAAAGAAGAAACCAUUCAAUUCUUUCUCAAAUUAAUUAACAACGAAUUGAAUUUGCCAAAACCCACAAGAAUCACCAAAUGUCCCAUCAUAAAUUGGUCUAAAUAUCAUUCUUGUUUAUCUCAAGUCAAUAAAGAUUUUGAGAAUCAAUUGCAUAAAUGUGAUAAAAAGGAACAGGCCAUGAAUUCAUUGUAUAAAGCUCUCAACUUGUUUGAUAAAUUGAAAUAA